AACUUAAUUAUUUUGAUUAAAAUUAAAAAUGAUAUUUAUAUUUACAUCUAUGUGUUGUGUACAAGUUCUGUUAUAUUGUUGUUGUUCGUGAUCUUUCUGACCUCGGUAAAAUGUCAUGCAGACAAUUACAGGAAUACAAAGACCAUUUGGUCUUCACUUUGCAAUGCAAAUGUAUGUUUGAAUUAAUAUCCCUUUAUAAACUUUUGGUAUUUUAUAAUGAACAACUCAAACACAAUGAACGAAAGAUAUUUUUGAAAUAACCUCACUGGGGUAGGUGUUAAUUACAACUUUGUUCUGGGUAUCUCCGAAAAGACUGGACUGAUUUUGACGGAAAGGUUUGGUGCCACAAACACUAAAGAAAGAAAUUGAAGACCUAAAGAAAGCAAAGAAAUGACGAAAGUAUCCCAGUUGCCUCGGCUGAUCCUGUACAAAGCGGAUGCCAGCCCUCCCUCCUGCGCUGUCAGGAUGCUGGGUCAUAUCCUCUCCAUAGACUUCCACUACAGAGAACCCAAACUGUUGCAGCUUGAACACAAAACACCGGAAUUUAAAAAGAUAAAUCCAAUGGGGACAAUACCAGUGCUGCAAGAUGGUGAUUUCAUAGUUUCUGAGAGCCACGCAAUAAUGCAGUACUUGACAGUUGCAUACGGCGGCGAGCGCGGCGCGCAGCUCUACCCGCGCGCAUUGCUCCAUCAGUGCAUGUACUUUGAUGCAGCCAUCAUGUUCAACACUCUCAAGUCUAUUGCUCUGCCAACAUUACUGCACGGUAUGAAAGGUACGAUAGAGAAACAUUUGCAGAGUAUUGAAGAAUGUUAUAGUGUGACUGAAGCGUACCUCCGCCGUGCAUACAUGAUCGCUGACCACCUCACAUUGGCAGACCUCUCCCUCAGCACAACAGUUGCCGCCUCACACAUUAUACAUGAACUGGACUCUAACAGAUUUCCUCGUACUGCUGACUGGCUAAGCAGAAUGAAACAAGAAGAUUUCUACAGACAAAUAACUGAACCAGGAAUGGCUUUACUAAAGAAGUUGUUAUAUAAGAGAUGGGAAAAAAAUACACAUUAAAUGUUAUCUAUCAUAUGGUUUUUGUAAAUAAAUCGUAGUCAAAUGACGAAUUUAAUUUAGCUUAAUAUGAUUGCAUGGGGAAGACU